AUGAAUGUCAACGUGGUAAAGAAGGUACUGAAUCGAAAGUUACGGAAACAGCGACGAUCCAAGCCGACAGAGCCAAAGGAACAUGAAGAUGAAGUACAGGAAGAAACAGUGAUUUCGGAAGAACCUCCACCAAAGAAGGCAAAGGAAAUCGAGGAACCAGUAGAAGAGGUAGAGCAAGGUCAAGCGGAACAGUUCAAAAGUAUGUUUAUAUUGUUUUAGGUAACAUUUUUCGAUUUAGAUAUCAAAUCUUCUAUAUUAACUGAUGUGGAGUUUGAUACGCUGAAAGGAGAAAUAUGUGACAGAACACUGAACAAACUGAAGGAUAUGGGAUACAAAUAUAUGACAGAGAUCCAGAAUCUGACAAUAAAGCCCUUGCUGGAGGUAGGUUGAUUUUAAAGGAUUUGGCCUAAUACAUUUUUAUCUCAGGAAAAGUUUAUGGCAUCGUAAAAGUAAAUCCAAAUUACAAAGCUUUUUUAUAGGGAUCAGAUGUUUUGGGAGCAGCUAAAACAGGAAGUGGCAAGACUUUAGCUUUCUUGAUACCAGCAGUGGAACUGCUUCUGAAGUUAAACUGGAAACAACACAAUGGCACGGGAGUGGUGAUUAUCUCCCCUACCCGAGAGUUGAGUAUGCAAACUUAUGGAGUGGUGAGUGAACUCUUGGAACAGCACACUCAACUGACUCAUGGACUCAUCAUGGGAGGAGCCAACAGAAACGCUGAGGCUCAGCGAUUGCAACGAGGGGUGGCUGUGUUGGUGGCUACUCCAGGAAGGCUUUUGGAUCACCUUCAGGUAUGCAAACUUUGUUUGUGUUUAUUUAUGUAAAUUGUUCAUACUUCUAUUUCGAUCAAGGUUUUGGAUAUAUUAUUAUUACUGUUUAGUAUCUUGUUUUUUUUUAGAAUACGGAUGGAUUCAACUUCAGUCACAUGAAAUGUCUGGUCAUUGAUGAAGCCGACCGAAUCUUGGACAUUGGCUUCGAAGUCGAAAUGAAGCAAAUCUUGAAGUUGUUACCUAAAAAGCGACAGUCCAUGUUGUUUUCGGCGACACAGACGGCUAAAGUAGACGAACUGAUCAAAGCGGCCUUAAACGCUAAUCCAAUUCGUAUUGGCGUCGAAGAUAAGGUUUCUAAUGAAGCCACAGUAGAAGGAUUAGAGCAGGUAUGUUGUGGACAAUUAUGUGAUUCUAAGUAUUCACUAGAUUGUUUGUAACUUGCUUUUUGGAGUUUGAUGUCAAUGUUUAGGGUUAUGUGCUAUGUCCUUCUGAAAAACGAUUCUUGUUGUUGUUCACCUUCUUGAAGAAGAACAAAAACAAAAAAGUCAUGGUAUUCUUCUCAUCUUGUGCAUCUGUCAAGUACCACCACGAGCUGCUGAACUACAUUGAUGUUCCUGUCAUGAGUAUUCAUGUAAGUUACCUUUUUUUACAAUUUACUUCGGAUAUUUUGUUGUCUUUUAAAUUAAUUUAAUUAUGUAUUUUAGGGCAAACAAAAGCAACAGAAGCGUACCUGCACGUUCUUCCAAUUCUGCCAAGCCAAAUCUGGUACUCUUUUGUGUACAGAUGUAGCAGCCAGAGGUCUCGACAUUCCAGAAGUUGAUUGGAUCGUUCAGUUUGAUCCUCCAGAUGAGCCAAGAGAAUAUAUCCACAGAGUCGGUCGUACUGCCAGAGGAGAAACGGGUACCGGUCACGCCCUUCUGAUCUUGAGACCUGAGGAAUUGGGAUUCUUGAGGUAUCUGAAGCAAGCUCGUGUGACCCUCAAUGAGUUUGAUUUUUCUUGGAACAAGGUCGCGGACGUGCAAGCACAACUGGAGAACAUUAUAAAGCAGAACUACUACUUGAACAAGUCUGCCAAAGAAGCUUACAAGUAAGCUUUUGUGUUUUAAAAAAGGUAUUUACUUUAAUGCUUUUUGAUGAUUAAAAUUGUUUUUCAGAGGAUAUGUGAGAUCAUACGAUUCCCACUCGUUGAAAGACAUUUUCAAUGUCCAGACACUGGAUUUGGUCAAAGUUUCCAAGUCUUUCGGCUUCGGAGCUCCACCCUUCGUUGAACUACCAUCUAGCCAGAAAGUGCAGUUCCGUGAAAAGUAUUCUGGAGCCGGCUUCACGAAAAAGGGGAAGAAAUUCUUCAAGAAGGCCUAA